AUGAAAGUCAUAAAUUUAUUUGUCGUUUUAUUGAUUAUUUUAGCCAUCAGUUCAUUAGAACCAUAUACAUGUAUAAACAUAUCUUCUGUUUAUAUUAAAAAUGAAUUACAAAAAAUUGAGGAAAGCAUUAGGAAAAAGAAUAGAAAUAAUAAAAUUAUGCAUGGUUCAUUAGCAUUAGGAUUAACAUUCCUUGCAGCUUCUGCAUUAGUUUUGAGAAUCUAUAUGCAGAAAAGAAAAGAAAAUGCCAUAGAAAAUUUGUCUUCAAAAGUUGAACAUAAUAAAAACAUAGCACAACAGAACAGAAAUUGUAAAGAUCAAGUUGUAUAUGCGAAGAAAAAUGUGACAACUAAAGAGUACUCGGGGAAGAAAAAAGAAAUAGAAUCCAUUAAAACAGUAUUAUCUUUUCUUUUUUUUAUUUUGGGAAAGUAA